AUGGCAGUCCACCACGUCCUCGACGACUACUACCUCGCCAUCACCCUCCUCGUCACCGUCGCAUACCAACUCAUCGGCUUCUCCAUCGCCUUCACGUGUAAAUUCGACAAACUGACCGACUUCGCAGGCGGGACUAACUUCAUCAUCCUCGCGGUUCUCACGCUCGCGCUGUCUGCCACGCACACGACGCGACAGAUCCUGGUGUCGCUGUUCCUCAUUCUCUGGGCGUUCCGGCUCUCGGGGUUCCUGCUCUUCCGCAUCCUCAAGACCGGCACGGACACGCGCUUCGACGACAAGCGCGACAAGUUCUUCCCCUUCCUCGGCUUCUGGGUCUUUCAGAUGCUGUGGGUCUGGACCGUCAGUCUGCCCGUGACGAUCCUCAACUCGCCCAACGUCGCCGCCAUGUAUGAUCAGCCGGCGUUUGGCACCGCCGCGGACAUUGUCGGUUUGAUCAUGUGGGCCGGCGGAUUCCUGGUGGAAGCCGUGGCCGAUGUGCAGAAGUAUCGCUUCCGGUCGAACGCGGACAGUCAAGGUCGCACGUGUGAUGUCGGCCUGUUCGCGUGGAGCAGGCAUCCCAAUUACUUUGGUGAGAUCAUGGUGCAGUUUGGGAUCUUCACCAUGGCCGUCUCGCCGUCCGCGUACGGCUAUGUGCCGCGUGGUAGCGGUGCCUACGCGGCGCAGUACGCCAGUAUGGUCGGGGCGUUCUUUCUGACGCUGCUGCUGCUCUUCGUGUCGGGUCUGACGCUACAGGAACGGCCCGGUGCGAAGAAGAAGUAUGAGAAGGAUGGUCCGGACGGCCCCAGCUGGACGCAGCAUCGCAACUGGCUGGAGAGUACGAGUAUUCUCAUCCCGAUGCCGCCGUUCGUGUGGAGGGCACUGCCAACGGCGGUGAAGCGGUCUGUUGGGUUCGAGUGGCCGCUGUACGUCUUUGAGCCGAGUAAGCACGCGGAUCUGAAGGCUGUGGAAGAGAGGAGGAGGGAGGAAGGGAGAGGAUCGGCGCGAGAAGAGGGAAGUCAGGAUGGUUUGGUGCGUGAUCGGUGA